AUGCAGUUGGCAUGGAAACAACCGUUGCUGCUGAUGCAGCUGCUUGUACUGGCAGCUGCAACUGAGGAAUGUGAGAAGGAAAGCGCUGAACCCGCUGGAAGUUCACUGCUUCAGAAGCAGCUCUUAGUACAUGAGACCGUCGGAGCCGUUGCCGUUACCCGGGUCACCCACCCGUGGGACAAACACAUCUUCGUGGUGGGAACACACCACAAAGCUGGCAGCCAACUGCUGCGGAACAUCAUGGCUCAUUUUUUUGACAUUCUGGGUGCAACAGUGAGUUGCCAAUAUGAUGGACAUGGCGACAGUGUCACCUCUCUGAACCGGGAGAAUGAAUGCACGCUGUUCCCAGCUCCCAUUCGAUUUCACAACCACAUCUCCAAAGACGCCAUUUUGCAGAUGAAGAAGGAAGCCAAAGACAUGAAGGGCGAUCUGCGUGGUGUGAUGAUUGUGCGGGACCCUUUGGAGAUGGUGGCGUCGUCCUAUUGUUAUCAUCACCGGGGAGCCGAGUCAUGGAACCCCAUGGAAAAAGGGAUUCCUGAGAUGGGCCCUGAGGAGGGCGUACCCGAAAUGGCCAAGCGGAUGUUGAUGGAAAUUAAGGACAUGGCAGAAGCGUAUGAAGUGAGUGCGCCGCAUGUUUUGGUGGUCCGCUAUGAGCAUUUAACUCAUUCACCUGAGCACUUUGACGCCAGCGUUGAGAAGAUUAUGGAAUUCUUAGUUGGAGAUGAGAUUACGGAGCUCCAGAAGUCAGAGAUCCGAAGGGCUGUUCGAGUGGAGGAUCUGCACCGAGCUUCAGAUUUGGGCAUCUCCGCGGAGAACAGAUUCAACCACACCAACGACGAAGCUGACAUGGAGGCCGCGAGAGCAGCUUUGCCUUUGACACCCGCGGAUCUCUAUGCAGAAUAUGUGAAGUAUCGAGAAGUGCUGGGCUAUUCUUGA